AUGGCUUGCAAUCCGGUUCGAAACACUGCCCUCCCAGCAUCUGCCGGACCCGCUCCUCGCAAGAGACUCCAAUCUCAACGAGAGCUCUCAGCUGCUGAAGUGCAACCAGCGAGCGCAGCCAAGAAACACCAUACGGAGCCCACUCCGCGACAACGACGAAAGGAACUCGCCGUCGAGCAGUCCAACAAGCUGGCAGCCUAUCUCGGAGUGCUCGAGGACAUGGGCGCGAAACUUCCUUGGGACGCUGAGGACUUUUAUGACCCCACAAUCGAGACGAGAACAGCAACAGAAGAUUCGGAAUAUGAGAAAUGGCGCUCAACCAGCUGUUGGAACUCCUUUGGCGCCAACCCAAGAAUGACCCCUGUCAUCUCAGAAUUCUCAGCACUCUCAGAACCCUCAGUCUUUUUCUUCUUCUUCUUCUUCUUCUUCAUGGCACUUGUUCAGUGGCGCAAGUUCCAAUUCUUCGACCGCGAAGUUGUCCGCGAGCUCGAGGAGAGCAGCGGCCUGCCCAGCAAGGAUGCCUCUGCUGCUGGCAAGCAGGACGCCAACAAGGACAGAGAUCCAUCUGCCCCGCAAACGCCAGUGCCCGCGACGCUCCAGUCGAUGAACAUUUCCGCGUGCACGAGCGGCCACGGCAACCUGGUCUUUGGCGACACGGACGGCCUCGUCCACUUUGUCGAUCGCUCGUAUCGCAUCACGAGCUUCCGUGCGUACGAGUUCCAGGUCACCAGGCUCAAGCAGAUGAAGCAGCAGAACAUUUUGGUCACUGUCGGCAUUGAUGAGGAAACGGGAGGCCAGCCACCGGUCAUCAAGGUCUGGAACGUGGACAAGUUCGACAAGACGGGCUCGCCAACGCUCGUCAAGAGCAUGCGCCCGCUGCACAACAACCGCGCGUACAUGGUGUCAUCGAUCGCAGUGCUGGACAACCUGUCCCAGAUGGCUGUUGGCCUGGUCAACGGUGUCGUUCUGCUGUACCGAGGUGACAUUACGCGCGACCGCUUCUCGCGCACCAAAGUCCUCCAUGAAGACACCGUCCCAAUUACCGGCCUCGGCUUCCGCCAGACGGGUGCAAACGUGACGCUGUUUGUUGCAACCUCGGCUGCCAUCUUUGCGUAUUCUACGACUGGUCGUGAGCGACGGGAGGUACUUGAUGACAAUGGCGUCGAGCUCAACUGCACGACCGUCAGCGAGCCUGAAGGCGAUUUUGUCGUCGCUCGCAACGAGGCAGUGUACUUUUUCGAAGUGGAAGAUCGUGGCCCGGCCUUUGCCUUUGAAGGCCCGAAAAGGCUCGUGUCCUGGUUCCGCAACUAUCUGAUUGUCGUGACUAGCCCACAGACCAAUGCUCCUCCCGUUUCUGGGAGCACGGCGGGCUCGGCCGUUGCGGCAUCGGCAUCAACCAUGCGGCCCUCGCUGUCCCGCGUCAACACGGUCAGCAUUUACGACGUCAAGAACAAGUUUAUUGCGUUCCAGGCCACGUUCAACGAUGUCAUUGACGUGGUGAAUGAAUGGGGUGCUAUUUACGUCCUGACGGCUGAGAAGAAAGUGUUUAUUCUGGAGGAGAAGGACACCCAGUCCAAGCUUGAAAUUCUCUUCAAGAAGAACCUGUACCAGGUCGCCAUCUCCCUUGCCAACAGCCAAAACUAUGACUACGACAGCAUCAUUGAGAUUUUCACGCAGUUUGGCGAUCACCUUUAUGGCAAAGGCGACUACGACAAUGCCAUUGCGCAGUAUAUUCGCACGAUUGGUAGUCUUGAGCCGUCCUAUGUCAUUCGCAAGUUCCUUGAUGCCCAACGCAUCCACAACCUUACGUCCUAUUUGCAAGCUUUGCACGAGCACGGUUUGGCCAACGCAGACCAUACCACUCUUUUGCUGAAUUGCUAUACCAAGCUGAAGGACGUCAAGAAAUUGGACGAUUUCAUCAAGACGGCCAAGGAGGGCAACUUUGAAGUUGAAACAGCCAUCAAAGUCUGUCGACAGGCUGGCUACCACCAGCACGCUUUGUAUCUCGCUCGCAAGCAUCAGCGUCAUGAAUGGUACCUGAGGAUUCAGCUCGAAAACAUUCGCAACUACGAAGAUGGUCUCGAGUACAUUUCUACUCUCGAGUUUGCGGAAGCCGAGAAAACGUUGAAAGAUUACGGCCGCAUUCUCGUCAACAAUCUGCCCGAGAAGACGACCAAUUUGUUGAUUUCUCUUUGCACCGACUACAAGCCACGACAUUCGGUCGACCAUGUCCCCGCGGCGCCCGCCCCCGCUCCAGCUGUGAAACACCGUGCUCGCCACAUUGACGCAGAGAUGGACCCGCUGCCAAUCGACAUGUCUUCGCUCUCGCCAGAAGACCGCGACCGCGCCUUGCUGUUCGGCCCUCCUCGCAAGACUGCUGCUGCAACCCCUUCGCCAAUGCCCCCGCAGCAGGAAGACGACAUGUUGGCCAUGAGCUCGGGUUCUGGCGGCUACAUGAGCUCGACGCCCUCCAAGAUUGCUCGUGCCAAGCCCGAAGAAUUCAUUCACAUUUACGUCAACCAAAUGUCUUGGCUCAUGUUCUUCCUGGAGCAGAUUAUCGACAAGAUUUCUGAUGCCUCCCCUCUGGUUUACAACACGCUUCUUGAACUUUACCUGAAGGAUAGCCGAGACCCAAGUCUCACUCCAGUACUCAAAGCGCGUCGUGAACAAGCAGCUCUGGACCUGCUGAUGCGCCCUGGCGAAACAUACGACCUUGAUCACGCCAUGGUUCUCGCUCAAAUGUACAAGUUCAAGGAAGGCAUUCUGUGCCUUUACGAGCGGGCCAAGCUAUUCCAGCAGAUUGUGCAGUAUUACAUGGAAGUUGGCGACACGACACGAAUCUUGCAGACCUGCAAAAAAUACGGCAAACAAGAUCCCAACGUUUGGAUUCAAGUGCUGUCGCAUUUCGCGUCGCGCGAGGAAGAUUGCCGUGCUGAGAUUGUGGAAAUUCUCUCCAACAUUGACAAGGGCAACCUUCUCCCGCCGUUGCUUGUGGUGCAAAUCCUUGGGCAAAAUUCCACUGCCACCUUGUCCAUAAUCAAGGACUACGUGACCCGACGACUCACCUCCGAGAACCAGUACAUUCAAGAGGAUGAGCGGCUGAUCCGUCAAUAUCGCGAUGAAACGACCAAGAUGCGUGAUGAGAUUGACGAACUGCGUACUUCCGCAAAAAUCUUCCAAGUCACCAAAUGCACGGCCUGCACCGGCCCUCUUGAUCUCCCCUCGGUGCAUUUCAUGUGCGGACACUCGUAUCAUCACCAUUGCUUGGGCGACGAACGCGAAUGCCUGCGUUGUGCUCCGGAGAACAAGAAGAUUCAAGACAUUAUUCGUGCGCAAGAGCAAUCCGCCGAUCAUCACGAGGCCUUUUUCAAGCAGAUGCAAGCUGCAAACGACGGCUUUUCGGUGGUCGCGGACUACUAUGGCCGCGGCGUCUUCAACAAAAUGCAACUUGUUGGCGAGCCGCAAGCGCGACGCUGA